AUAAACUUCGAAAACCGACAAGACAUUUCUGCGCCACAAACAGAGGACUGCCUCGUUGCUGAUGAAAUUGAAGAAUUUAGAGGGGAAACUGCUGCAGGUCACCGAUAUUCUACAAUUACUGAACAAAAUAUUUACCCCGCAACUCGUAGCAACAACUGUCACGACUUUUACUAUUGUCACUUUUAAUUUGUACUUCUGUUUAGUAUGGGUCAGCGGUACGGAAAUAGGUUGGAAAAAUCUACACUUUUGGCACUGGCCCAAUAUUCCUGCUAUCGUAUAUUAUUUUCUUAAAUUUGCUACGAUGAUUUGGGUGUGUGAAACGGCGACUAAUAAAGCCAAAGAAAUCCGUACUACUCUUCACGAUGCCCUUAGCGGAGCGACCGAUUUGUCGGUGAAACGCGAGCUGGAGCUUUUCUCGCUGCAAUUACUACACUGUGACACUACGUUUUCAGCGAAAAUAUUCGAUAUGAACGCGUCGCUUCUUGCAAAAGUCGUAGGUGGCAUCAUCGUGUACCUUUUGAUCCUGCUCCAAUUCUUAUUGAACUCGAUGGUAUGCGAGGCCAAGCAAGAGUGAACGAAGAAAUAUUUACAAAGUUACACGAUUCUGCGUGGAACAUGUGUUUCUUAUCGAUUCUUUCGGCUGUUUUGCGGAAAACACCGUUUGAUGAGUCCAUGCACAAACACCUGUAACACUUCUUGGCCACGUUUUCCUUCGCUUAUAUAUUAUACAUAUAAAUCUAUACAAUUGCGAAGCAAGGGAAUCUAGCAGUUACAUUGUACGUUACCAUGAAAUCAGGUACGUGA